AUGCUGUCCCUCAGUGACGGCAAACGAGCUCCGGUGUGGGCCGCGCUCGCAGUGCUGGCAGCAGCCUUGGCUACUUUGGCCCUGCGGGGGAGGCAGACUACCGGAGCAGCGGCAAGCGCACUGUGCAGCGAGGAUUUACAACUGCUCCUGGCAGUCCUCAAAGAAUUGGCACGGAGGUUUUUCUUGGUCUGCCAAGAUGUUGCUGCCAUCUCGAAGAGCGUUCGCGCUAAGAUGGCGGCUGGUCAGGUUCAGAUUGCCGAGGACACGCUGCAGGAGCAGUUGACCAAGCAGUGCGAGGUCUUCGAAAAGUUGCAGCAGUUGCAGGCUGAGGUCGCCAAGCAGUAUGGCCUCUCCGAGGAUCGGCUUGAGCAGCUGCAGAGAGCUGCAGAACAGGAUCCAGAAGUUCAAUCCUACGCAACAGGCUUCAAGGCCAUGUUGGAGGAUGCUUUGCAGGGGCAGAGCCCGAUCCUGCCCAAUGUCAAAAUACCAGAGGCGCUGACAAAGAAGAAAGCGCUACAGAUUCACGAGGAAGCCCAAGACGCUGAGCAAGAGGAGGCACUUCGCCUGGUCCAAGGCUCCACAGUCUCCCUGCGGAAGCUCGGCGAGUUUUUGGCCGUGGCGCACAAGAACGCAUGGGAGCGCAUCUUCAAGGCGCACGCAAGCAUCCUCGGGGAACAUGGUGCAGAGGUGUACUACAGUGUAGCUGCGAUCUACACCAGAGAGCAGGAUUUCGCUGACGACAAGACCAGGCUGGAGGAAGCCCAUCAGCAGCGGAUGAUCAAGCUCUUCCAGCCAGAUGGCAACGGCAAUGUGACGGUGAAUCGCUGA